AUGUUGGAAGGGCAUCGGUUGAGGGUUGAAUCCCAGGUGGUGAUCGGGUGGGCCCCGCUUGACGAGAG